AUUUUUAGUUUAGUCCCUUGUUGUAUGUCGUUUGCCAACAUUGGUAUCACAAAAACCUCAAACAAAAAGAAAGUUGCACUCUGUAAUUUACUUGCCAAGAUCCGCGGCAAGGAAAUGGAGAAAGGGACUAACAGUAACACCGGUGGUGGAUCAAGUGGCUACUGGUGGUGGGUCGCCGCCAGCGGCGUCCAAGUUGCUUGGGGCAUAUACUCCUUCCGCAAAGGCUACUCCGGCGACUCACGACUCAUGCCCCUCAAAGCUUUUGGCGUAGCUUCUCUCUUCGUCGGCGCCACAGCAACCGCCACUGUCGGAACCUUUAGUGCCUCCGGCAUCCACUCGGUGAAGGAUGCCAUGGAACUUGGGGCAAAUAUAAGGUCCGGGCUUGGAGUCAAGGGUUUGGGAUAUUGCUACGGGGUUGUAGGUCUUGAUUUUGAUUUUGAUGGUAAUCCAUGA